AAAACAUUGUUAAAAGUUAAAGUUCAUCAAAUAUUAAGAACAAUAUUUAGUGUUGAUUCAAAGAAGUUGUUUUAAUUUUUGUUUAAACAAAACUAUGGAUACAUUUUAAAAACAAUAUUUUGUUUAUAAUGAAAUAAGAUUGAAGUCCAUAUUUUUAUUUUUUCUCAAUAUUUCUGAACUUAAUUCCCACCAAAAAAAACAUCAACAACAACGACAAAUAGAAGAAAAUCCUUUAACCAACCAACACACACAUUUAAGCUAGAAAGGACUUCUUCUUCGUCUAGCAAAACAAAAAACAAGGAUUAUUUAUUUAUUCUUGUGUUGUUCUCACAGACAUCACGUAUCCUUUCAAAUAUCAUUUUGCGUUUAAAGGACAACAACAAAAGAAUUGGUGACAAUGGGGAGGAAAAUCACUGUUGCGGUUACAACACUUAACCAAUGGGCACUGGACUUUGAGGGUAAUUUAGCUAGGAUAAUGCAGUCAAUACUUGAAGCCAAAGAAAUGGGUGCUUCUUAUAGGACAGGACCUGAACUCGAAAUAACAGGCUACAGUUGCGAGGAUCACUUUCGUGAGCCCGACACAUAUCUUCACUCAUGGGAGGUCCUUCUUGAAAUUAUGAUGUCACCAAUCUGUGAUAAUAUGCUUGUUGACGUUGGAAUGCCAGUUAUGCACCGCAAUGUCGCCUACAAUUGCCGAGUGGCCUUUUUCAAUCGACGUAUUCUUCUCAUCCGUCCAAAAAUGUCAAUGUGCGACGAUGGAAAUUAUCGAGAAUCUCGUUGGUUUAGUGCGUGGACGAAAUCCUUGCAAACUGAAGAUUUCUUCCUGCCCAGAAUGAUCUCGGGCCAUACAGGUCAGGAUACAGUGCCUUUUGGUGAUGCUGUAAUUGCAACCAAAGACACAUGCAUCGGAUAUGAAAUUUGCGAGGAGCUGUGGAAUGUUAGGAGUAAACACAUCGAGAUGUCUCUAUCGGGAGUGGAAGUAAUCGUCAAUAGUUCUGGAAGCUACAUGGAACUACGAAAAGCCUAUAUAUCAACAGAUUUGAUAAGGAAUGCCAGUUUCAAAGCUGGUGGUGCAUAUCUCUUUAGCAACUUACGGGGCUGUGACGGUCAGAGGAUCUAUUUCAAUGGCUGUUCAGCAAUCGCUAUGAAUGGAGAGAUUGUUGCUAGGAGUAAACAAUUUGCCUUACAGGAUGUGGAAGUCACAAUCGCAACAAUUGAUCUCGAAGAGAUCCGCUCCUAUCGUGUAUGCCAAAGAUCUCGCUGUAACAUUGCCGCAUCGGCACCCACCUAUCCUCGAAUUGUUUGCGAUUUCGAGAUGUCCACUCACAACGAUAUCUUCAAGUGCUCCUCCACCCCACUACAAUGUAUAUAUCACACUCCCGAAGAAGAAAUCGCCAUGGGCCCGGCUUGUUGGUUGUGGGACUAUCUGCGACGCUCUGGACAAGGUGGAUUCUUCCUCCCGCUGAGUGGAGGAGUUGACUCCAGUGCUUCGGCCACAAUUGUUCACUCGAUGUGUAGAAUGAUUGUGAAUUCAGUGCAGUCCGGUGACGCACAAGUCCUGCACGAUAUUCGAAAGAUCCUCGCAGACUCAGACUACACUCCGGACAAUCCGGCAGCGUUAUGUAAUCGAAUUCUAGUCACUUGCUUCAUGGGGAGUGUCAAUUCCAGCAAAGAGACGAGAAGAAGAGCGUCGAUGCUGGCCAAUCAAUUGGGUAGUUAUCACAUUGAAAUCAGCAUUGACUCGGCCGUAAAUGCUUUGCUGGGAAUCUUCAAUGCUGUGACGGGACUGACACCAAGAUUCCGAAAUCAAGGUGGCUGUGCACGCCAAAAUCUAGCUCUGCAGAAUAUCCAAUCGAGGAUUCGAAUGGUUCUGGCCUACAUAUUCGCCCAACUCAUGCUCUGGGUGAGAAACCGACCCGGUGGUCUCUUAGUCCUUGGCUCUGCGAACGUUGAUGAAGCUUUGCGAGGAUAUCUCACGAAAUAUGAUUGUUCCAGUGCUGAUGUCAAUCCCAUUGGUGGCAUAUCAAAAACCGAUCUGAGACGGUUUUUAACGUAUGCCAAAGAUAAAUUCAAUCUUCCAGUUUUGGAACAAAUUAUUGAUGCCCCACCGACUGCAGAAUUGGAACCACUUCAAGAUGGUCAACUUAUGCAAACCGACGAACAAGAUAUGGGCAUGACUUAUGCUGAGCUCAGUGAAUUUGGACGCCUGCGAAAACAGGCGUGUUGUGGGCCGUAUAGUAUGUUCUGUAAACUUGUAGCUACGUGGAAGGGUGAUUUGAAUCCUAAAGAGGUGUCUGAUAAAGUUAAACACUUCUUCCGAUGCUAUGCUAUUAAUCGUCACAAAAUGACUGUUCUAACGCCUUCGGUGCACGCGGAAAGCUAUAGUCCCGACGAUAAUCGAUUUGAUCACAGGCCUUUCCUCUAUCGUGCCAAUUGGAGUUGGCAAUUUAAGGCAAUCGAUGAUGAGGUCGACAAACUUAUGCCAGUUUAUACACCAUCAUCAAGUCACAUCCGACCGAGCACUGAAGAUCUUAUGUCACAAACUCAAGAAUCCGAAUCCAGUCAUCGUUCCUCGCGUGUUGAUUCAAAGAAUUCAUCACCAAUAUCAUGUUCAUCAAUGGAAGGCCCCAAAGGCAAAGCUAGUGGCUAUUCGAAAGUUCAUGUAAAUGUUAUGGGAAAGAUUAAAGAUCGAACUGGAAUACCUGUAUAAGAACUAAUAGUUUAAAAAACAACAACAAAACAAAAAACAUACACACAAUAAAAAUAAAAAUAAACGAACAAAACCUUAAUGAAAAAAAUGAAAAACAAAGAAAAUAUUUAAAUAACUAUUAUUAUACUAUAUUUUUAAAUAUAUUUUGAGGAUUUUCUAUGUACGCAUGUUUCCUCAUAUUUGGUUGUUGAAAAUUUAUGUUGCCUUAAGAAAUUAAAUUUUGCUUGUAAGCUCGCACAAACUUAAAGUUAAAUAUUCUUACUCUUGUUGGAACUCUUUUGUUGUGAAUUUAUUCUACAUUUGUAUAACUAUUGUUUCUUUGAAAAGUUUUCUUACUUUUGUUUUUAUAAAUAUAAAUAAAUUUUGCAUAUACAAUAAAUCAAUAUUUUCUUUUUCAUACACACA